UUGGAGUAAAACGUGAGGAUACACCAGUUUGAUCAAGCCAAACACUGUGGUCGCAACUAAAUCUGUCAUAAGCCACGUUCUUUUUGACGACCACGCCGUCGUGAGAAAGAUCAAAAUGAAAACCACUGCAAUGGUAUAAAACAUCUCCAUCUCAAAGAAUAUGAUACCCGCUGUCUUGUGUAAAGGAGGUUGUAUCGUGUAGAAAUCUACCAAGUCCUUCUCGUAAAUCACAACUACAAGCCUCGUGCGGUCUUGGUUAUUUAACUCUCGGCGCUAUUAGCUUGAUAAUAAAAGAAUUUAAUACGUGUAGUUCACGUGUAUUACAAAAGCAACGUGAGGUCCUCGGGGAAGUACUGCAUAUAAACGCGGGGCUUACAUCGAUACUCUGUCGUCCCGCAUCAGGAAUACGUACUCAGCUUAGUAGAGCAGUACUGACGUCAUCGGUAAAUGUAAUAGUCGAUAACUAUUUCCGCCCGACGUCCUGGAAAUCGCUCUCAGAGCAACACGUGUGGAUUUCCACUCCACGUCUAUUUUAGUUUAUAAAUGAAUGCUGGAAGCGUUGCGCCGUUGUUUGUACACGCGUUAAAAGACAUUGCGUUGAUUUGGGGUAUGAGCCAAAUUUAUCACAUUUUUAAUUUCCAAAAAACGGAAUACGAAAAUAGGUCUUUGUGUCAUACACCCCUGUCAAUACUUUAUUGACUCACUGUAUGUGCAUUCAAGAUGCCGACCUAAAAAUAGAUGGAAUUCCUUGCCUGACGUCACGACCGCGAGAGGGCAGCACUAAAAGUUUAUGAGCGUCGGAUGAAAUCAAGUCGCAGCGUGUGACAUCAUUUGAAUUUGCAGCGGGGAAAACAUUAGAUUAAAACAAACUCAAGCGUUUUUAUAACCAAAAUAGUUUAACAUGGAUACAUUAGAUUAUCUUCGUUCUGCGGGAAUGGUGAUUGCGUUUUGUGUCACCGCUUUUAGCGGGAGAAAAAAUUGGAUGCUCACUGAUUUGAUUGUGUCCGUUGUCUUUGGAGCUGCAUGGUUCAUUCUUCCAACGUAUACAUUGGGAUUCCAGACUGUGGGGAAGUUAAAUACACUACAUGCCCAUGUCACAAGGGAUUUUGCUGCACACAUGCUUUCAUCAGCAUUUGUAUGGUGGAAAACAAGGGAGAGCAGAGAUGAAACAGUUCCAGUAACUCUCAUGACAGGAAGAGUGGUGGGUAACUCAAUUCUUCUGUGUGCCAUGGUGUAUGCACAGAAGUAUGUAGCUGGAAAAGGGGUUUGGACUGAACAGCACAUUUGGUUUGGAAUGCUGGGCUGCGCCUGCUGGUUGCUAGGGAACUUGAUACAGUUGUUGAAAACCAAGGACUUUGGUGGAAGUUUCCAAGGGGACACUCGCCUGGACUGGCAUCUGAGAAUUGACUUCUAUAUCGUCUUUGUUAUUAGUGUAGUGAGAUUUGCCUUUCCAGAGGUUGCACCAGAUUUUGUGGCCAAGCAGCCCCUUCUCAAGGGAGGCGUGGAUGCCAUUAUCAUCCACAUGGUGCGUGCCAUCAGUGCCUUGAGUAUUGGGUAUUGUAUGACAGUGUUCAAUGCACCCAUGUUCAGAUAUGAUGCAGACAAGAAAGCUGUGCUGCAAGGCAGACUGGUGUUGGGGCUGAUAAUGUGGCUGUUAUUGCUGUGGGAAGUGUACAAGGGCAUGUUGAGCUUCCAGGCUGUGGCAAUCGUAAUGCUGGCUCAAUCUGUUAUUUUCAUAAACGCAGCUGCAGGGGGAUUCUUCUAUACUCGCCCCGUACCUCCCAGCCUUAAGAAGAAUUGAGAGUAUUUCACACCUACCUCCUUUAAGACCAGUACUCAGCAGGACUUGGAUUAGUUUCAGAUAUUUGUAGACCAAUUUAAGACUGCUGAAUCUGAACUGAUUUUGAGUGAUCAAUUUAGAAACAUGCUUGCCAAUUCUAUGUACUUUAUGAUUGCAAUUUUUGAUAAUAAAAUUAUUAGUUAGAGUUAUUAUCAAGAUAUUAACGCCCAAGUUGAAAGAAUCUUUGUAGAUGUGUUUUGUAUGUCUGAUAAAAUGACUUUUAUCUUAUUAAAAUAAUGUUUUUAUUAUGUACUAGUUGCUUUUUUCUUUUACAAUAUUUUUGAUAGAAGCAUGUAUAUGUAGAUGGUAGACAAUUUGGAUUCUAUGGACAUUUUAGCACUCCAUGAUAUUUUAUACAAAUAUCACAAUUUUUUAUGUAAUUUGAGGUUGCUUGUCCAUGCAAAUAAUAGAAAUAUCCUAAUCCCAGAUCACAAAUACAGCUACAGUAUACAGCUGAACUUGCAUAGAUUUGUGUACACUAUAACUCAGUUAAAAAUAUGAUAUUAGGAGCCUGUGAAUCUCGGUGUCAAUGCUGCUGUUGUGAGAUGGGGGGAUCUAAGUCAGUCUGAAACCAUUUUAUAAUCACACUGGAAAAUUGCACCUACAGAGAAUAAGGUCAUAUAAAUGUUGUUUAUGCUAUACAUUUCAACUGUCAAAAUGUGUAACAUAUGGGUUCUAUUCGGAAGUUAAAUGAAGGGAGAGUCCAAAUGAAUUCAUAAUAUGACUUGAAAUCUCACUGAAGAAUCAUGGCAGACAUUGUCUAUUUUCAAAUGCUUUCUUGUAUUCCUUUCAAUGUGUGGUCACAAAGACAAUUGUUCAAGUUUUUGUCUCUUAAAGCAAAGUAGUUUGCAUGUUUAGAUUAAGUAAACUGAAAAGCAAAUAUAAAGGCAGCUUUAGCUAAGUUUAUUUGGUACUAAAUAUAUACCGCACAUUUUAUUCCAACAUUAUGCUUCUGCAAUAGCUUGUCAUUAAAAACAUUAUAUUGGACUUUGUAUGCAAAUAUAUAGAACCUUGUCACAUUACUGAGAAAAUACAAAUAAAUAUUUAGUCAAAACA